CUCAAGAAGGCAUUUGACCGAUUUGUUUUCAUCAUCCCUUGCUCCUUGCUCCCGAAUGACCGAAACAGCCGCGCAGACGAACCUCGAGGGAAGAGAUCUUACAAGUCUCGAGCGAACUUGUGCCAUUCAGCAGUUGGCGCUUCAUCAUGGAUGGCACUGUCUAAACGGAAUCAACUGUCUUCUGGACCAGGCAUUUUGUGAGUCGCUCUACUGCAAAGCACUCCCUUCCCCUCUUCGCUUCACCGAUGAGGAAUGGCGCAAAGUCUUGAAAGGUGGCAUGUACAGGGACUACAAUGCCAGCGGAAUCUUCGAACUUGAAAGCAUGGUGAAGGAUCGCCUGUGGUCGACACUGGGCUUUCCACUUCGCAUUAUUGAUGGAGGAGACUAUGGAGGUCCCAAUAUCGACAGGACGACCACUCCGCACACCUUGCGGUACCGGUACCCUCGCAACUAUGACCUUCGCAUUCCGGUGAGCGCGCAACAACCAGAGUUGAGCGAAGUCACCAUUGGGGAUGUCCUUGACCAACUGUGGCAGCAGCAUUUUGCCGGGCUCAUUCAACGCCAUGAGUUGGUCUUGAAACCUUUGCGACCUCCAAGGUUUGGACGUAAUCCGCUGGAGAUCAGCUUUUUGAGAUUCAGACACUUUCUGCAGUCCAAUGAACGUGACAAUACUGUUGAGGCUUGGCAUGAAGAUGAACCGCUGUCGACGCUUCUGGAUGAUGUAACAGGGCUGGGGCAAGUCCUGCAACUGUGCAAAGUUGCUUGAAGUUUCUGAUGAGGUUCAAAACCAUCAUCAGAGAAUUUUUGUUGGUUAUGACUCCGUCCAACUUAAUUCAUUUGCAAGACGACUAUGUCCGGACACCGGGGUGCCCCCCAAACGUGGCUCCUUUGACUGCAGAAACUAAGGGGUCCCAGGGGUCUCCCAACUUUCGGAGGUAGCAAGGAUUGUGAUAAUCACAGUCCCAAAUGCACCCUUUUAGCACUGAGCGGUUUGAUUUGCACAGUUUCAGUGGCUAGUUGAGCUUGGCGAUUCAGCACAGAAGAGUCGCCUUGCCAGCGAGUCAAACUGUCAAACUGUUCCAGCAGAAUCAGCAGAGCUAGAAGUGAUCUCGUCGACAUCCGUCGACUAUGAUUUCGUGCUGUCUCUGUGAAAA